AAUCAGGGGCCACGCAUAGGUGCGGCAUAGGCUCAGGCUGUAAGCCCCGUUUCCGGCAUUGGAUCAGGGUCUGGUGAAGGGGCUGGAGGCGCCAUGUCGGGCCGGGAAGGUGGCAAAAAGAAGCCUCUGAAACAGCCCAAGAAGCAGGCCAAGGAAAUGGACGAGGAAGAUAAGGCAUUCAAGCAGAAACAAAAGGAGGAACAGAAGAAACUCGAGGAGCUAAAAGCCAAGGCCGCGGGGAAGGGCCCCUUGGCCACAGGUGGAAUUAAGAAAUCUGGCAAAAAGUAAGCUGUUCUCACAUCUGAGGUGAUGGUGACCCUCCUCGUCCAUUCCUAUUUAAACAUCUGGAUUCCCUGCCAUAACAUCUUUGCCACCUUAAUAGAUAGAAUGAAGUGUUAUCCUGGAGCCUGUUGUACAUUGUAAUAAACUUUUGUAAAAAAAAAAAGAAAAGAAAAGAAAGAAAGGAAUGAAUUAAGUGAAUAAUGCGAUGGCUCGCUGUCUCUAGUGUUCAGCAGUGCCUACCUCAGCUGUGACUUUAAAGUGAACCCAGCCUGGAAUCCCACCAGAGCCCACUGUUCCAUCUUCAUUGUACUCUGAAUUCUGUACCACUUUGAAUUAAACCAACUCAUUUAAAAGCCUA